AAUGCUUCUAAAUAAGGGACUUUAUAAACAUUAAUACUGUCUAUCACUUCAUUCAAAUCCUGAUCCCAUAUAAAUUACAUUUAAUUUUGAAGAAUCAUAACCUAUUUGUCCACUAAUAAAAAUGCCAUCCUAAAAAAUAGAAUGGUUAUAAACAAAAUUGCCAUCAAUUAAAACAAGAACUUAAAAACCUGAAGUUUAAACAGAAAGACCUAAAUAACAGAAGAGGAAAUGUCAUACUAGAAUAGCAUCUCAAGUUAAAUCUAUUCCCACGUCUCCAUUUACUAUAAUAAUGAGAACUAAUAAUUAAUCACCAAUUGAAUAUGAUAAUAAUACUAAAACUGUUCGUUAUGAAUAGUUUCAGUAACAAUAAUAUUUAGUAAAUAAAUAUUUAGCUCCAAGAAAAUUGGGAUUACAUAGAGGAAUCAAUUUAUUCAAUUUUGGAUUAGAAAAAUGA